UGUCGAUUUGACAUCCUGGUAUUUGAAACAUUCUGAACAAUUGUGUAUAAUUUUAAUCGUAUCGACGUGAUUGCAUUUGGAAAAUUUUCCGUUUUAAUGUCAAAGUUAUUGUGAAAAUAAACAGAAGCAGACAAAUAUUUGCCGGAAAGUGCAAGAUUUGAGGAAAAGCCAGGGAAUUGUUAUAUUUAUUCAUUAACAUGCCUGUCGAGGAGAAAGUAUAUUUCGAGGAACAGCCUGGACGGAAGUUCGAUCGCUGUCUGGCCAAUGGCAUUGUAAAGGGCGGCGGCGGCUUCGUCGUGGGAGCUGUUAUAUCUUUAUUGUUUCUCCGUCGGCGCGUAUGGCCGAUAUUGAUUGGCACUGGAUUUGGCAUUGGGGUUGCCUAUAAGACAUGCGAAAAGGAUUUGGAAUCGUUCAAGUAAACGAUGCAGUAGCUGAGCCAAAUUAUACAUGAAUACACUUACACAUAUCUAUAUACAUAAAUAUAUUUAUAUAUAUGUAUAUAUAUAUAUUGAAAUGUGUAUAUAUAUAUAUAUGCUUCUCAAUGUCUGUACUCCUAACCAUCUAAGUUUUAUGUUGUAGCUGUUGCUUGUUGGACUGCCAAUUAAAA